GAGUCACGAUCUACUUGCUAAUGACUAACAAGAAGCGAUCUUGUUUAGGAAAAUCCCUAAUAAGAGACAGGUUUAGAAAAUCAGAAGUACCUCGGUUACCUUUUAAUGUAUAUGAUAAUGAAUUAACUUUUGAGCCAAACCUUGAAUCUGUCACAACUACUUCAGAUAUUGCUACUUUACUAGAAUCAGCACAGUUACUUGCUGAAAAGUAUACUGUUGAAAAUGACGGUGUUAUGCUAGUUGAUUCUAGCUUUGCUACUAGUUUAGAGCAAGGUGAACAGUUGCAGUGCUCUAAAAAUUCUCAGUUACUUCUAACCAUUCCCAGAAGACCAAAGUGGACAAAACAGACUAAUUCUCAACUUCUAUUAGAGUUAGAAAGAAAAGAAUUUUUAAAUUGGAGACGCCAGUUGGCUUUCAUUCAAAAAGAUGUUCUACUUUUAACACCUUAUGAGAGAAAUUUAGAGGUAUGGAGGCAACUGUGGCGAGUCAUCGAGAAGAGCCACGUUGUGGUACAACUUGUGGAUGCACGAAAUCCUUUAUUGUUUUAUUGUGCUGAUCUUUUUCGGUACGUGAAAGAAAUUGAUCCUUUAAAGAAAAAUAUAUUGUUAAUUAAUAAAGCCGAUCUACUAACUAAAGCUCAAAGAUUUUACUGGACAACCUAUUUUGAAAAUAACCAAGUUGAGCAUGCUUUUUGGUCAGCCUUGCAGUGUACACAAGACGAAGACUUUAAAGAUUCCCAGGGCAUUAAUAUUAUUAUUGUUAUAGCCCUUGUUGUUUCCUGA